AUGCCUUUGUUACUCAGCUCAUGUCAGACUACUUGUCACUGCCCUUCAUUCGCACCCUCGAAUCAAGUGCCCUUUGAGUCAUCUCAGCCAUCACCGUCUUCGGUUGCCGGUACCCAUAAGACCUCUCCAAAUCAAAAUGUGCAUCUUAAUAAGUGCGGUUUACUAAACGCCCAACUUCCUUCCUUACAAGCUAUAAAUGGAAAAAAUGGGAGCCCUGAAAUUCAGUCGACAGCUACCAUUGCCAUUUACAGACAGUACUAUUCGGACGUUUUAGCCUACUUCAAAACUCUGCUCGAUAAUCUGGACGACGGGCGCUUGUCUACCCUUCAUCCGAACGAGAACAUGGUUGCUAGCGCUACCCAGGGUGGCAAAUCUCUCGAAAACGAUCCAUGGGGUCAAUCGAAAACCAUAAUGGCUGGGUAUUUUCGUCGUAAUGGUGCACGUGACUGGUGCUGGUCUUCCUGGCAUAACUAUCUUAGUUGGAUUUCUCGAACGCACCCAGAAUGGUUUCAACUUUUCACGGAAUGCAGCAAACAAAUGGGUAUUGACUGGGACGUGAUGUACCAAAAGUGGAUGGCAUCCCAGCCCAACUCAAAGGAUCAGGCACCAAUGUUUGAUCUCUCACGUCCUCCUCCUACGUCAGCUUCAAACCCAGAACAAGCACCACCGCCUCCAAUCACCAACCCUUUCUCUCUCACUUCUGUCCCACCACCGACAGAUCCAAGAGUUUGGUGCGAGGACUGUGGUCGAUACUUGCCCACUCAAAGGGCGUAUGACAUACAUCUUCGAGGUGUUUGCCACAUUCAAAACGCAUUGACAAAAGCCAUCACGGACAACGCAAGCACUGUUUUAGAUAUCCCUCCUCCACUCUGGACUCCUCAAAUACAUCCGCUUCCUUCCCAGUCUGUGAUGUCCCGAAACAAACCCAUUGCGGACUUGCGUCCUUGCCAAAAACCUCAAUUGCGACUUCAGCAUUUGCUCGACAUCUGCAUACAACCAUUGGUUGGCUUGAACUAUGUUACCGAGUUCCAACGCCGUGGCUUACUUGAGUGCAUCUAUAGACAUCACUACCCUCUGCUUUAUCAGUUAAUAUUGUUGGACAAAAGUGAUAAGGCAAUCAAAACACAGCGCCUGGCUUCCUAUGCUCAGCAGGUGGAAUGUAACGAAGGUCGGAAGCGGCCCAGUAUUAUGGUAGAGAAGGAAAACUCCACCUUAAAGACCAGUACUGAGGUCAUAGCCGCUAAAAAACCGCCGACUUCCAUGGCGACAUCACCUUUGAAACUAGUUGGUGUUCCCUCCCAUCCCGCUUCUUCAGUCGCCUCUGAACCAUCACCAAAACCACCCGAGCCUACAGCGCAAUCGUUGGGUAGCUUUGUCCAAGAUGAAGCAGAAGAGGAGAUUGAGGAGGGAGAAAUGUUGGAUUAUAGCUCUUCGUCAGAAGACGAAGAUGAAAAAGAUUCUAAUGGAUGUGCAGAAAAGCGGUUCUCAACACACUCAGGGCUCCUAAGUUCACCUCAAAGACCGAUUUUUGAUAUUGAUGCCUCCUCCCCCUCGUCUUCUCACUUUUCUGAUGAGGGAGAUGAACCGGACGACACAAAACUACCGAAUUUCUUCUCAACAGGAGAUGAUGAUGCCAAAAUCAGCAUUGGUGGUCCUGUUGUUUACCUUCCUGACUUCGAGGUUGGAUUCAUCAGCGAACGCCCACUUUUGCCAAAUUUUACAAAAACCGAUGAGUUUUUCACGUUUGUGGAUAAUCUCACCAAAAAGGGCGUGUUAGGAGUCCACCGACCAAACGCGAAUGUUAAUUUAAAAGAUCAGCAAAUAGCCUCACCUGCACCUACGGACGCCCAGCUAGCCCAAAGCUUCGAGGAAGAGGUUCAUUGGGCUCUUAAGCAAAUGGAAGGUGCCAGCCAACGCGAGAAUCCUAUUCACUUCACCUAUAACAAGUCCAAACAAAUUCCACAUCCUCCUCCUUCCCGAACUCCUACGACCCCUAAUGCUGUAGCGCAAGGUAAAAGUAUCGAGGUCAUCAGUUCAUCUUCGUCCACAAAGUUGACCCGCGACAUACGACCUGUACCCCUGGAGUCCUUGCCCGAACCGCAGUGGGAUCCUUCGGAAUUGCGGCAGGCCGCAAGAGUGUUUUUGGCUAAACUCGAAGGUCGGCCGCCACCCCCUCCCUCUCCACAAUCAUCUUCGCCUGCUCCACAAAUCCCUAUGCAAACUAUACCAGUUCUUAUGUCGAAUCAACCACGUGCCGUGCUCCCACAACCUCCGCCUCUGGUUGACGUUAACCAACAGCGUUGGCAACUUGUGGAAACCCCAAAAAUAGGUGUCCUUGGUGAUCCACCCAAGCGCCCCAGAUUGGAUGAAGAAGGGGUGAAAAAUCUUCUAUCCUCCCCCCUGGAUGCUCUUCAGGCCCUUCUUAAAGGCCGUCUCAGUCGAAAUCAAUUUGGCAGACCUGAUUCCUCACAAUCUCCCUCCCAAACAUCUUCCCCGUCACCAGCCUUUUUUCUUCCCUCCCGCUCUACGGAGAUUUUUGACGGCUAUAGUUACUUCAGCCAACAGGAGGCGGCCAAGGUGCGGGAAAAUUCGCCCGCACCACCGUCUUUUCAACAGCGUCGGAAUACUAUGAAGUCAAAUUUUUGCAAUUACCACCACAAGUCACAAUCUGAAACGACGCCAAAUCCCUCUUCCAGUCGAUGUUCCAGAGGCAGCACCAGCAACAGCAAAUUGGCCGCCUUCGCGGACAUGCUGGGUAUGAAUGAGCCUCCUGCUCCUUCUCGUGACGCCAAUAGUCGCAAUCCGAUGGCUCCCGGAGUUCCGCCCGCCUCAGCGAGUCUAAUUGCUGCAGGUUUAAAUCCCGCUGCGUGGCUGGCCUCAUCAACGUUAUGGCGACCGAAUGUCAUCCCACCGGCUGCCAACUCCCUCAAUCCGUCUUCGUUUAUGCUUGCCGCUGGUAUGUUCAGACAUCCACUGUUACAACCCCCGAAUUGGAAACACUAG